UUUCUUUGCGUAAGUUGGUAUUUGUAUUAUAAAGUAGCUGUAAAUUGCUAUAUUUUCUUGAAGAUUUCGAAAAUAUAGAGUUCAAAAUGAGUGCUUGGCCAGAAGUCGUCACAGCGAGGUCUGAAAAUCGACACGAAAUAAAAUUGGCGGGCGCAGCUAUCUCGAAGCGCAUUUCCGAAAACGGUUUAGACAAAUCCAUAUUCCAAUUAACCAAUAUAAACUUGCUCAAUAUAAGCGAGACAUGUCUAACAACUAUUCCCAAUGAAAUUAAAAAUCUUAUCAACCUACAAUCUCUCCUACUGUAUGGUAACAAGAUAGCAGAUUUCAAUCAAAACAUAACCUCUUUGCCGAAAUUAAAAGUGCUAGACUUGUCGCGGAAUCAAAUUAAAACGAUUCCAGAUUCUCUAAAUAACAUGAAAGAGUUAACUAGCAUCAAUUUUAGCUCCAACGAAAUAGAAGAAAUGCCAAAGAUGUCGGCUUUUCCUAAUUUAAUAAUUGUAGACCUGUCUAACAACAAAUUGACUCAGUUUUUGGACACUGAGGGUGCUGAUUUGCCACACUUGACUGAUUUAAAAAUAAAAGGGAAUGAAAUAGAAGUUAUACCGAGCCACAUAGCCAAGACUUUGCCAGCCUUGAAGAACUUUGACAUUGGAGAAAAUAAGCUGAAAACCAUCCCAGGAGAACUUGCAUCUUUAGCUAAAUUAAAAGAACUGAAUCUCAAAGGAAAUAAAUUGGCUGACAAGAGGCUGAUGAAGCUUGUGGACCAAUGUCGCACAAAACAAGUAGUAGACUACAUCAGAGAGCAUUGUCCAAAAUCUGACAGUGCCCAGCCCUCCGCCAAAGGCAAGGGCAAGAAGGGAAAGAAACAGGAGGAACCCCAGGCUGAUGACGUCAAUGAUCUGUGCCAUUCGCUAAAAAUACUUCACGUAGAAGACGAUGUAAUGAAAGUAAAGAUUGUUGAGAGUGAGGUCAGUAGUGUACGUCCGUUUAUACUGUGCUGCAUCAUCAAAGAGCUGAUGUUUGAUGAAGCACUGUUCAAGAAGUUUAUACAGAUGCAAACUAAACUGCACGAUACUGUCUGUGAUAAGAGAAACACGGCCACAAUAGCCACACAUGACCUCAGUAAAAUUCCCCCAGGUGACUUAUUGUAUACUGCCAAAGCUCCGUCGAAGCUGAGCAUAGUGCCUUUGUCUCGGUCCAAGCCUUACACCGGUGAACAGCUGUUCCAGCAGCUCACAGCAGAAGCAGAGGCGUUGAGGAAAGAAAAGAAGAGAAAUGUAUACUCUGGUAUACACAAAUAUUUAUACCUAUUGGAAGGCAAACCCAAGUACUCUUGCCUGCAAGACCCAACGGGCAAAGUUAUCAGCUUCCCACCCAUCACUAAUUCUGAUGACACAAAGAUGUCACAAACAAGUACCGCAAUGUUGGUGGAAGUCACCUCUCAUGCGUCUCUGGGAGCAUGUAAGACUGUGCUUGACAAGCUGAUUCAGGAGUGUCUGCUACUUGGCAUCGGAGAUGAACCAGGCUCCGAGUAUCAUACCCUCACUGUACAACAGGUUAAAAUUGUUGACCUAGAAGGUAAUUUGAAAGCAGUUUAUCCAUCAAGAACUGACUGCACUUACGAUACAACCAUCAGGGUGCUGCGUUUACCCAAGAAGUAAAAGA